CAGGCCAAGCAGCAGCACUCAGCAGCAGUAGUUGGAAUGGAACGUGAAAGUGUCUGGAACUAACAACAAAGGAACAAAUCUGGCAAGAAAAACGGGGAUCAGACUUGGAUUUCUGUCGGGGACAACAGGAACACGACGAGACUUGGCAAUUCGGACAGCGUUCUGGUAGUUGUGAAUGGUUGUGAGUUGUGACUAGGACGGCCCACCUGGUCUCGGCCACAUGUGCAAAUCAUCACCAGACCAGUCGUCAAACGAGAAAAGUGGACUGGACAAUUUAUAGUGGACUUGACAUCAUUGGAUUUGGACAGUCAACAUGGAUAUCUCGACCAGUGUGAGGGAUUGGUUGGAUCUCUUCACUCAUGAGUCAGUGAUGAACGCUCUGGUAAGAGAUAUAUUAUCAUCAUCUUCAACAAAAUCAUCAUCAUCAUCAUCUGUGGCAGAUAAACGCCUUACAUGCUUGAUUUUCAAUGAUUCUAUUUCUGGUUCGGUAAGAAACGAAAAACUCAAGCAAAUCAUAGAAUCAAUGAGGGACACUUAUAGUGACGCAUCACACAGAAGUGGCACUGGUGAUUCCAACCAUUCUUCAUUGUUGAUUAAUCAAGACUCGUCUACACCUAAGUCUUUGCUUCCAAACAACUCUGGAGCUGGGGAUGAAGUUGAAACCACUGAUGUCAAGUGCUUGAAGCAAGAUUCGUCUACACCUAAGUGUUUGCUUCCAAACAACUCUGGAGCUGGGGAUGAAGUUGAAACCACUGAUGUCAAGUGCUUGAAGAGUGAAUGUGAUGACUGUCAGAUCACCUCAUAUGGAAGUAUCUGGGCGUCCAAACUAGAUAUCAUCCAAAGUUCCAGAAAAUCAACAACAAACACCUCUGAUAGACCUCAAUCAGGUGAUGUUUUUCUCUCGAACGGAUUGAUCAAGCUAGUACAGGCUCUCAAGGACACCACAAUCACUUCUCUCAAUCUUAGUCGUAAUGGAAUAGAUUGUGAUUUGCUGAUUGAUUUAGCCCAAUACUUGCCCAGCACACAAAUCAAAUCACUUGAUUUGAGUAAAAAUAGUAUCGGCCUAAAAGGUUAUGAUUAUUUAGUUAAUAUUGUGGGAGAAACUCAAAUAUCUUCUCUGAAUAUGACUCGAAACUCUUUUUUAAAGGUAGUGACAGACAGGAAAUAUUCAGAAGAAAAUGAAAGCUUCAUUGAUGAAGAAUAUGAUGAACCAAUUCAUUGUAAUGGUGAGUGUAACUCCACUGACAGAGACCUAGAUGAAACUGUAGAAGAAGCUACUAGAUCAGUAAUUAAUAUGCUUGACUCCAAAAGUAUAGACCCAAGUUGUGUUUUACCACUUUUGAAAAACUCUAAGGUGGAACUCUUAGAUCUUUCUUUUUCUCGGAUAAAUCCUAAAAGCUUUGCAUCAUUUGCACCAUACUUGUUAGAUUCAAGUCUUACUAUCCUUGAUCUAUCAGACAAUGAAUUGGGCAACGAUGGUGUGAAGAUUCUAGCUUCAGUGCUGAAAAACACAAAAAUUCGGUCACUAAAUCUAAGUGCCAAUCAUAUAAACUGCGAUGGCUUGAAAGUAUUUGCUCCCUGUUUGGUGGAUUCUCAGAUUACUUCCUUGAAUCUAUCUAGGAAUCGAUUUGACUUUAAUGGUAUGAACAGUCUAGCUCUUGUUCUGCCAAACACGAAAAUAACCAUCCUUGAUCUGAGUAGUAGUUGUUUUGGUGAAAGAUGCUUUGAGAUGUUAUCGGCCUGUCUGGUUCACACAAAAAUAACUUUGCUCAGCUUUGCAGGAAGUCUUCCUAGAGAUUACAAUGAAAUUGAAUCUUUAGCUGUUGGCAUCAAAGAGUCACAAAUAAGCGGAAUCGACGUUGGUUACAAAUUUACAUCACCUGCAUUAUGUUCAACUGCUAUUGCUCAGCUACUCUCAAUAUGUGUGUUGAGUUCACAUCUAACUUCUAUAACUUUGAGUCACUGUAGAAUGAACUGCUCUGUUAUGGAGGAUUUAGUAAUUGCUGUUGAGAACUCAUAUAUUACAUCUAUAAAGUUUAUAAACAUUUCCAUGACCUGCGAAGUUAUAAAAAUAUUUGUAUCAUGUGUUGUCAAUUCAAAAAUUACUCAUUUGCGUUUGAGUAAUAGACCUAUACUAGACAUUGGUGCUGUGGAAUGUUUGGCACUUGCUCUAAAAAAUACACAGAUCUCAUGGCUCGACCUUAGUAACAAUGGGUUGGACUGUAAAAGUUUGAUGGUUUUGGCACCAUGUUUGGCAGAUACAAAACUGGAAUAUCUCAACCUAGAAAAUAAUAAAAUAGAUCAAAUAAUGGAAGAAAUGAUGGUAAGUGAUUAUGAUGAAGAGUAUGAUUCUGAUGAUGGAAUUGAUUAUCGCUCAAAUCUAGAGACAAAUGAUGUUGGUGUGAAAAGUCUGUCUCUAGCACUGAAAAACUCGCAAAUAACAAAUCUUAAUCUUGGCCAUAAUUACUUGACAUGCAAAAGCCUGAUGAAUCUCAUACUGAGUUUGCCGGAUACAAAAAUUACAACACUCAACCUGAGUGGUAAUGAAUUAUGUUGUAAUUUGUUUUAUUUGGCUGAUAUUUUGAAAAAUACUCAAAUUAGCUCACUAGAUCUUGGCAAUCAUAUAAAUAAUGUGAAUGUACUAAAAAAAUUUGAAAAGUCGAGUGAUGAUGCCUCACUUGACCUAUCAGAAAUGCGAUGCUCAUUCUUUUUUUAUUAUUUCUCAAGUGUAGAUCCGUGGCAGACAAUUUUCAAAAAUAUCACCUCCCUGAAUCUUAGUCAAAAUCAGAUUUCAUGUUGUGGAGAACUGAAAACACUUUGUCAGUGUCUAUCAGGGUCGCGAAUCGUUUCACUAGAUCUCAGUGACAACAGAAUCAAUUGUGACUGCGUUUAUUAUCUAGCUCGAAUACUGCAAUAUACACAAAUUUCUUCAUUAAAUCUCGCAAAUAAUAAAAUUUCUACUAAUGGUGUCAAGCAUAUGGCCCACCAACUUCCAAAAUCCCAGUUAACCAAAAUUGAUUUAUCACAUAACUUGAUCACAGAUGAUAGCAUUGAAUACCUAUCUAGAAAUCUUGUAAAUGCAAGUAUUGCUGAUCUCAAUCUAAGUGGAAAUCAGAUUGGACGUCAAUCUUUAUAUAAGUUGUGUGAAGGUGUUGCUGAAAUCAAUGUUCAAUUUGACUUCAUAAAAGAUGAUUCUUUUCAUCAUUUCAAUCUGUGCAAGUAUCCAGGUUGCAUUAUUGAAAUCUACCAAGCAACUCAUGUAACAGGAAUUGAUCAUGUGAUUGACUAUGUCUGCGAUAAAGCAGAAAUCACAAAAGUUUACAUCCACGCCUUUGGUGGUGUAGUUUAUUUUAAAUCUGAUGAUGGCACAUACACACCUCGCAAGGACACGUGUGAUUAUCGCUUCGACAUCGACAUCAAUGAAAUUGAAUUGAUAAAAGAUUCAAUGUUUCCAUUGUAUGCAUUCAAAAACAUUACAAAAUUGAAGUUGAAUGGAACACAAUUUAAUUUCAUGAAUCAUCUGAAAUCUCUUGAAAAUGGAGAAAAAAUCAUUGAACUAAGAAUUGAAAACAUACCGAACAUGAGCUUGGAUAAACUUGGAGACUUCCGUUUGAGCAACAUUAUGUAUCUUGAUCUGAGCAAUAACAAUCUGGGGGAUGUCAAAUUCGAAUGCCUUGCUGAGGCAUUAAAGUACAACUGCAUGAAUCAGAGCGACAAUGAUUAUAUGAUAUCUUUGGAUUUGAGCAAUAAUAAAUUGGGGGCAAGAAGUGCCCAAGUUCUUUCACAAGUUCUCCCAUUCAUACCAAAAUUAGCCUACAUCGAUCUGCAUGGCAACAAUAUCGGACAUUCAGGAUUCCAAUCUCUCAUGAAAGUAGUUGACAGAACUAACCUGUGUUGGCUUUCGUUGGGGGACAAUAAUAUCGAAGACCAGUUGCAGGAAGACGUUGAACUAUCCCCUUACAUUGUGCCUCGAAAAGGUGCUGAAAUACCAGUUGCAUUCCAAGUGAGGUACCUAUUCAGGCAGCUAGUGUCAUUGGACACAUCAAGUGGUGAACUGGAAUUCACAAUUCCCACAACCGUCUCGAACCCUCCUGUCAAUAUCACCCACUAUCCCAAGCUGCUCAAGAUCUAUUCCGAAUUCGAAAAAGAUGUCAAGUAUUUCAACGUUCAUGUUUAUGACAACUAUUACUUGAGUAGUAAGAAACAUGAUAGGCGGCUCCUGGAGAAAAUAGAAAAAUUCGGAAAUGAGAUUGAAAAUAGAUUUUUAUCGUUCAUUGACAGGAACGUGUUGAAAUUUCAACAGAUAUACGGCAGGGACAGCUUUGUUGUUCUUGUCAAGGAAUGUGAACGCCUUGAGUUGAACAAAUGUGUUGAAUCUCUAUUGAUCCAUCGAGUCAUGUAUUAUGUGGAUGAUGAUAAAGAGAUAUUGCAUCCAUUCGUUUAUAGAAUGAUGCACAAAUACAGUAUACCUCUAUAUUGUGAACAAAUCGAGCCAAACAAGAGGCAGCAAAUAAUUGCUUACUACCAGAAUCAUCAAGAAAUUGAAGAAGCUGAGACACUAAUUGACUUGUUAGCUUCUAUGUCCACCUAAUAAUGAUGAUCUUUUGCAUUGAAUCGCGUAGAAAUGUUAAGAUUUCGUGAGUUGAUAAAUUUGUAGACAUGACUAAAAUUAGUAUAAUUUCAGUUAUUAAACAUGUAUUAAUUUCAUGUUAUAUUGGCUGAAACUGAUUUUACUGAAUGAAACUGAAUUUUACAGCAACUUCACCAUUUUGUUGAAAAAUAUAAUUUCAAUAGCUAUUUCAGAAAUAGCUACAUUACUUGAAAGAUAUAGGCUACUGUUAGUUAUUAUUUUUCAAUUAUCACUAAACCUUAUUAGCCUACUAACAUGUUGAGUUUGAUAAUUUAAUAGUUUCAUGUUUUCUAUUUUUAUUGUUUCAAAACACCAUGUAUUAGUUCUCUAUUUAUAAUUUUCUUCAACUCAGAAAUAAUGAAUGUAAUUUGUUAAUUUGAACAUUUAAACAAAAAUUAUGUUAUUUGUUAACACCUAUGCCAAUUAUUGAUAAAAUGAAUACCUCCAUAUUUUUCAAUCAAUUCUGAUUUUUAUAUCGAAAAGAAAUGUUAGAGUUUUAAUGAUUUGGUAAAUUAAUUUGAGCUUGUAUAAUGUAUUGGCUAGAUUAAAUCUCCAGUCUGUUUAUUCAUAUUGAAUUAAUUUCUUAGUUCGAAAUCUUCAAAAAUAUCAGCUUAACAAUUUGUAUGUUACUGCUUCAACAUUUAAGGAAACGAUUGUUCCAAUAUUUAUACUUCGAAUGAGUGUUGAUUGCAACUGAAUAUUCGUUUCAUAUUCGCUUCUAUCUAUUUCAUCAUUAAAAGUAUUGUCAGUCAAAACAUGUUCAAAUUACUAUAUCUAUUUUAUAUAGCUUAAUGUAGUUUCAAUUUUCGUUUGAUGAGACCCCAUUUGAGUUUUGUUUUUCAAAUAAAUAUCUCAUGAAUGCUCUUAUGUAUUCAUUCACAAGAAUUGCAGAACAUUAACGAAACUCCAUUUACUCUGUAACUGAGCAACAUUAUACCGUACAAUUUUCACAGCAGUUGUAGUUGAGGAACAAAACAUUACCCAUACAUGUUAAGAUAACACCUGAUGUUAGGAUUGUUGAGAUUACAAUGAUUCACAAUAAGCUGAAUUGUCAUUUCUAAUUUAUAUAGUGUACCUGAAUUAGGAGGAAUUUACUCAAAAUUAUUUGAAUACUUCAAAAAUUUGUAUGUUUCUUUUAUAAAAAUCCAUUUGAACUUGAUGAUUAUUUUUUUAUAACUCAAUUGUUGUACUAAUUAUUCGAGUGUCAGGUUUUCAAUCUACUUCAAAUUUAUAAAUGAUAGAACAAAACAACUUGUAAAAUUCAAUUGGUUUUUGAUUAUUCAGGAUUUGCUGUGUUUAAUAAAAUUGUUAAUCAUAGAGGAAUCUGAACUGUUUCACAUGUUUAGAAAAUAUUUAAUCAAAUAUUGAGAGCGCUCUUUGAUAAGGAAUCACUUAUUCAAUUUAAUAUUUCAUUACUUUUAUAUAUAUUCGCCUAUAUAAGUAUAUUUUACAUUAUGAAUAUAAGUAUAUCAAUCUAUGAUUAUGUAAUCGGAAACCAAGUUAUUGUUUGAAGCAAACUUACUACAAGCUUCUGUAUCUCAUCAACAAAAAAAUAUUCACGUAGAAUGUCUGUUUAAGAACACAUUUUUCAGUAUUCUACUCAUUUAAAAUGUGUACUUUGGUUUAAUAAAUAUUGUAUUUGUGAAA